GUUAAGGGCUGGGGAGAAGGAGGAGCUGCGCUUGUUGUUAGUGCGUCAGAAGCAGCUGUAUAGGCGCUACAGACAGGAGACUGCUCUGGAAGUCAGACACCAUGGUGAAGAUUGCAUUCAGUUCGCCCUUCGCGGGCAAAAAGCCCAGCAAGGAUGUGGAGGCUUUGGUGGCUGAAACGGAUACUGAAGUUGCUGCUCAAGGGACCGAAAAUUCAACUGGAAGAUGCCUGCUAACUCUUUUGGGUCUUGCUUUCAUUUUAGCUGGGCUGAUAGUUGGCGGUGCUUGCAUCUAUAAAUACUUUAUGCCCAGGCGCAAUAUCUAUGAAGGAGUAAUGUCUUAUUCAGAGCAGCAUGAUCUUGGUGAGGAGCCUUAUUACCUUCCUGUCUCAGAAGAAGCUGACAUCAGAGAAGAUGACAAUGUUGCACUGAUUACUGUUCCUGUACCAAGUUUUUCAGAGAGUGAUCCAGCAGCUAUACUUCAUGAUUUUGAUAGACUUCUGACAGCCUACUUGGACUUGCAGCUCCAAAAAUGCUAUGUCAUUGAUUUGAACACCUCCAUUGUCAUGCCACCAAGAAACCUGCUGGAUUUGUUCAUUAAACUGGCUGAUGGAUCCUUUUUGCCUCAGACCUAUUUAGUCCAGGAAGAUCUAAUCGUGUCAGAGAAAAUCGAUGAUUUGUCCGAACUGGGUAUUUUUAUUUACCAGCACUGUGUUGGAAGAGAGACAUAUAGGCUGGUUCGCAGAGAUCAAAUAAUUGGUCUGCAAAAGAGGUCUGUACAAGAUUGCUUUACAAUUAAUCACUUUGAAAAUAACUUUGUGACAUCAACAAAGAUUUGCAAGAAUUAAACGACUUGAGAUCUCGCAUAAUCACUAGAGAAGUCUUGCUGUUCUCAUAAAAAAUGUGCAUUGAUAAUCAAAAGAAUUAGUCCUGGUGCAUAGCUGUGUGCUACCACUUUCUGUUGUAUUUCCCUGUGAGAGUCACUAUGGGUAUUAGCCUGUAUCUUAAAAAACUGAGAGAUUGCAGGUAUUAGGAGAGGUGCAUUUGCACUACUAAUAUAAGAUUUUUGUCCAAAUAAUUGCAGAUUAGAGAGAACAUCAGAGACCCUGCCGUUUUAAAUCACUUAAGAUACAGUUUGAGACCCUUUUCACAGUAAGAGGUUUGUUAAAGUUAAACCUCUGAAUUUGUCUUUGAAAUAAUUAGACAAUACAAAAGAGAAAAAAAUUAUUUCACUUCACUGACUUGUAAAGUCACUUUCUUCUUUAGAUGGUGGAUGCAAUAAAGUGUGUUCUUUGCACAAACUCUUUAAAUCUA